AUGUUUUUGGUCGUCUACUUUGCGUCACUAAAAAAUAAAAUUGAUAUAGAAAAAGCAUUAAGUUAUCCUCUAGCUCCUAUUCCAUUUUCACCCUGUCAUACUGAUGGAUCAAUUUGCAAAACCCCCAAAUCUGUUGUUAUUAUUGAAUUACUACAAUAUCAAAGUGAAAUCGUAAAUCCUCCAGACGCAGUCAUUCACCUAGUUGAUGGAUUUUAUUUACUACAUACGCUGAAGAACGUUCCAAACAGUUAUGAGUCAGAUGUCACUAACGAACAAAGUGAAGAAGAGGGAGAUGAAGAUGAAACUGAUGCUGUUGACGAAGAUGAUUUUUCCGAUGAAGAUUAA